AUGUCGGACGAACAACAUAAGGAAGAAGAAGAACAACAGCAACAGCAACAAUACUUUAAUCAAAUACCACAGUAUCAGCAAUCUUUUCAAAACGAAAACCAUUCCGUCAUUCUGGUUACGGCUGGUUACGAUAAUACCGUUCGUUUUUGGGAAGCCCUUAGUGGUAUAUGUUCAAAGACAAUUAAGCAUCCUGAUUCUCAAGUAAAUAGACUUUGUAUUUCACCUGAUAAAACUAUUUUAGCUGCUGCAGGAAAUCAUUCGGUUCGUUUAUAUGAUAUUGCAAGCAACAAUGAUAAUCCUUUUAUAGUAUUUGGGGAACAUACAGGUAACAUUAUUGCAACUGGCUUUCAUGGAGAAGGACGUUGGAUGUUUACAGCAAGUGAAGAUGGUCAUUUAAAAAUUUGGGACACUCGGUCAGGACGUAACCCCGUAUUGACACGUAAUUUUGAUAAUGGGGCACCUAUCAAUGAUGCUGUCAUGCAUGCUAAUCAAGGAGAAUUAAUUACAUGUGAUCAGAAUGGAGCCGUUAAAAUAUGGGAUUUAACUGCACAUGCUUGUACACACGAACUGGUUCCCGAAGAGGGUGUUCCAAUGCGUUCUGUGACUGUAGCAUCUGAUGGAUCUUUACUAAUUGCUGUUAAUAACAAGGGAAAUUGUUAUGUAUGGAAAUUGCCGACUGGAACUGAUUCUAAUGAAGUAGAGCCAAUUCAUCAAUUCCAAGCGCAUAAUAACUACAUCUUGAGAGUCGUUUUAAGUCCUGAUACAAAACUUUUAGCUACUUGUUCGGCUGACAAUACAGCCAAGGUUUGGAAUGUUGAAAAGAAUUUUGAACUGUUUUUAACGUUACAGGGACAUCAACGAUGGGUAUGGGAUUGUGCAUUUUCCGCUGAUUCUGCGUAUUUAGUUACAGCUUCAUCAGAUCAUGUAGCAAGAUUAUGGGAGCUUCAGAAUGGAGAGACGAUUAGACAAUAUAAUGGACAUCAUAAAGCUGCUGUUUGUGUUGCAUUAAAUGAUUUGUCAGUUGGGCAUUCAUAAAUGAAUUAUUUUUUUUUUAUACCAUAAUAUAUACAUCAUUUUUUCUUUUCUUUUUUUUUUUAAAAAAAAAAGAGAGAGAGAAAGGAAAGGAAAGGGAUGGCGUGUUUAUGAAGAUAUAAUUUAUUUUGAGUAUCAUUAUUGUUGUUUGUUGUUAAGAGAAUAGGAUAGUACGAACUCCUUGAUAUACGUGAAUUAAGACUGGGUCUAAACGAGGUAAUAAAUUCUUACAGAAUUCCAUGUUACCGUUAUUCUUUAUCUCCUUUCUUUCUUUCUUUCUUUCUUACCUCAAAUA